GGUCAGUGCACGUGCUCAUUUUGACCCUCAGGGUCGCACUCGCAGCAACCUAUGUCUUCGGAGAAGAUAGAGUCGUUCCUGAGUCAAUUAUCCAAUUCAGAUUUAUCUAAACUACCUGAGCUUAUUCAGUCUAUCACUGAAUGUCCAGGUUUGAUUUCUGGUUGGACAUAUGCCUUUAUUUUCUCGAGGUUUGUUCGUCUUUGGUGAAUUUCUUGACCACCCAAAAAUUAAAUCGAUUGAGAAUGGGGAAUAUUCUCAGUAUUACAACUUAAUGAACCUAUUUUGCUACGGGACGUUCGAGUUACUUUCCACCAACCGGUCUGCAUAUCCUGAUUUACGACCAACUCAAGUUCGGAAGUUAAAGCAGCUCUCGAUAAUUGAUGAAGCGCAUAACCAGAAGCACAUACCUUAUGGUCUUCUGUUUAAGAAGCUCGAUAUUGCAUCUUCAAGAGAACUUGAAGACCUUGUUAUCGAACUUUUUUACCUCGAAGCCAUAACAGGAAAACUUGACCAACAGAAAGCACUGUUAGAGGUCAACUCUGCCAUUGGGCGUGAUAUACGUAUUGAGCAGAUAGAUGAGCUGCAUCAAAAGCUGGAUUCAUGGGGUGUUCGAGUCGAGUCUGUAUUGGCUCAUAUAGCUAAUGAAAUAAAGAUGGUUAAUGAGCGACGAUAUGAAUCCGAGUUACAUCAAAAGGAGAUUUUGGAAGCGUCAUUGUCUAUCAAAGAGGCCUUGCGUGGCCAAAUGGCGAAAUCAGACGCUCAAAGUUUACGGAUGGAUAUGGACGACAUACUGAUUCAUCCAGAUUUAUUAGAAAGUCGUGUAGAAGCAACUCGUCAAAGUUCAAGCAACACUGAAAGUGUUGGUGACCGUGAUGUUCGCAGUCGAAUAACUGUUUUUAAAAAUCUUCGGCAUGGUAAAUCUUCCAAACAACAGUAGUGUUCAACAACUGUGAACAUGUAUGAUUUAUUAUUCUGUGUAUAACUUUUAUAAAUUACUGCAACCCAUAGAGUGCUGCGUUUUACCUUGAAUUUUUCGCAAUGUCAGCGUCUUGGAUAUAAAGCAGUCAAUUUAUUAUAAAUUUUUCUUGAAGCAACUUUUUGACAAUAAAAACCGAAUUCUAGGUAGUUGGUCAUUUUCAUACUAAUCAAAGUCUUAGCAAAUAUCAGUUGUUGAUAAGGUUUUGGGGAUAAAUGGUUACAAUAUUGUACUUUCGAAUGGUCUUUUUUCAUUAGGGUAUCUUUUAUCUUUUCCGCAAACUGCAUUUUGAUUAUCGGGUUUUUACUUCGAGAUGGAGAAAAUUAACUGGAUAUUUCUUACCAAUAUUUAACAUAGUAUCUUCAUUUUAUUUUGUUGCUUGUUAGUGUUUUACUCUGGACUCCUCUGAUGACUUUAACUUGUGCAGUUAGUUCUAGUCAUUCACUUCAAACCGUGCUUAUUGAAUCCACUGAUUAGGAAUGCUGCAUUUUCGUCCAAAUAUCAUUGGGUUUAGAUAUCUAUUUCGUUUAUCAAAUGUAUAAAAUGUAUAAAAGUGGUUUUUGCUUCUUGAUAAAUAAGGGAUUU